UUCCCAAACCUUGGUGGGCCAGGGUGGAGAAGCCUGCUCCUGGCCUGUCCUCUCUGGCUGGCCUCCUGACCCAGACAGUUCCCUCCUCAAGGGAGCACAGGGCCAAACCUAGGUCGCGCCGCCCCCAGCCUCGGGGCUGUCUGCCAAGAGUUCGAGGCCACCCCAAUCCGGAUAUGAUGAAAGGGCGCCACAGAGAGAGAAGUGUUUGAAGAGUGUAGGAGUGGCAGCCCGAGGGUGAAAGAGACGCACAAGUGGAUCCUAAAGUCCUUCCCGGAGAGGGACUGCCCGGAGGGAAGGGACAGAGUGCACGGAGUCAGAGCGGGCGGCUGCCACCGUCGCCGCCACUCUGGGAGACCGCUGGACCUGGUCAGACUGACCGGACGUGAUGGGCCCGCGGCCCGAGCCUCGCUGACGGCCGGCGGUGGGAGGAAGGACUCGGAGCUGCCUGCAGGGUUGGGGUGAUGCAGAGAGGCAGGCAGUUUCCUGCACCCAGCACCUAAGUAGCCGGGGUCGGUGCACCCCGCGGGGACGGCGCGGGCUCCGAGCGUGGCCCAUGUCCGGCGCGGGUGAAGCCCUCCCUCCAGGGCCCGUGGGGCAGCAGUGCCCAGCCGAGGCGGGCGGUGGCCGGCUGGGCUCCCCAGCCCACGAAGAGUGUAAUGAAGACACUACCGAGAAAGAAAAAAGACAAACUACCAGUAGCCACACUAGGUGUGGGCUGAUUCGGGACCAGUCCAUUUGGAGAAAUCCUUCAGAUGGCGAACUUGUCAGAACCCAACCUGAGCGUCUGCCUCAACUGCAGACAUCAGCACAGGAGCCCAGCAAGGAGGAAACCAGCAAGAUACAGAAUGGUGGCCACACAACUAUGAACAAUGGGAAUGGAAUUCCUCACAGAGCCAAACAUAUGUCUAUGGAUAAUCACAAAAUGUCAUCUCCUGUCUCUCAGAAAAUGCAUAGAAAAAUUCAGUCCAGCUUGUCUGUAAACAAUGACGUCAAUAAGAAGAGUAAAGUAAAUGCUGUCUUUUCCCAAAAAUCAGCUUCCUCACCUGAAGCAUGUACGAUGGGCCUUCUGCAUCCAGGGACAAUUCCAGGAGAGCCAAACCAUUCCUGCUGCAGCCCUGUCCUUCUGGGAAAGCCUGAAGUUUUUCCACAUUUUACCAAGUGGACUGUCCUGUGUCUGAAGUGACUUGGCUAUAAAAAGGCACUCAAAGACUUAAAGACAAAUCCGCCUUUUAAAAUGAUGUAAUCAAGACACUGGAGAGGUGGCCCAGCAGUUAAGAGCAUUGGCUGUUGUUCCAUGUGACCCGGUUUCCGUUCACAGCCCACAAUUGUGUGGGCUCACCAUUGUCUCUAAUUCCAGUUCCUGAGAAUUCAAUGCCUAGUUCUGGCUGCUGAGGAUACCAGGCAUAAUUCAAGAUCAGUUUGCUUUGCACAGUGAGAUAUGACCUCAAAGGAUCAAGCUAACUAACCAAGCAAAUGACUAAACAGUCUGAACUAAAGGCAAUUUACCCAGCAUUCCAACGUCACUUGAGUGUGAAUGGCCAUCCACCUGUGGUGGAUACAUGGAGUUUCAUUUCAGUGAGCAUGUGUCUACUUAAAUCCUUUCCUCUUGAGAUUUUAGGAACAGCUAUCACACCUGUACUCUGCAGUGGUUUUUCUCCCCUGAGAGAUUGAAUUCUCAAAACCAGUGAGUGGUUCUGACUCUGUUGUGUUUACCAUGGUACCUGUAAUCUUAAAGUUUCCCAAGUAUUCAUGAGUGGCGUGUUGAUUUAUUUCAAACUGUGGUGUCUCCUUCCUUGAAACUAAUGUAGCUCAUAUAUUCUUCUAAAAUGUUCCUUUUUAUGGCAGAGAGGAAAAAAUACUUAUGUGGGAAGACAGCACAUUUUACUUAAAGGUUAUUAAAUUAGUAGAUUUCUUCCUGUUUUGUAUAAUUAAAUAUUUUCAUACAUUCUUAAAUUUUCUGAUUGCAUCACCCAGGUGGAGAGUUUUAAGACUAAAUGUGUAAGAUUCUUGACCUUUGAAAUAAUUAUAGUGUAAUUUAGUAUCAUCUAAUAUUCAAAUUGCCAAGGGUUUUCAUUAGUCUUGGAGACACUUUUCCUUUCAUAGAGAUGGUAAAUGCUAAUAUGUUUUAGGUGUGCCAGUUAUAGCUAUAGUUUUUGUAAAAAAAAAUAGGUUUCAACAAAAAUAUUGUUAAAAAAUUUCAUUCUCUUUAGGGAUGUUUGGCAAUUUAUUUGCACUCCACACUUGAUACUCAAGAGUCAGUAUUUGUAGGAGGAACACAUUGGAUUUCAGCAUCUCACUGAAAUCAGUGCUCGGAAAGACAAUGGAAAGGACUGGUUCUACAGCGAUAGCUGGAGAAAUCUCUGAUAAUCAUACGGAGCUGUGGUAGUCUGAUGUGUAGAAUAUUUAUGGAACCCGUCUGUCUGGGUUUGCUUAUUAGCUCUACCCUUUGCUUAUUAGCUAAACCCUUGUAUUAGCUCUACUCAUCUGAGGGUGAGUUAGUAGCCUGUUUCUGUUGUAGCAUCUUAUCAGGAAAAUGGGAAUGGUAUACGUACUGAUGCCAUAGGAUUAUUAUAAGUAUUCCGUGAGGUUGAGCAACUUUGUGGUCAUAAUUGCUGAUGUGUAUGGGGUUGGUGGCAGAGAGAUCCGCUUGCUGGAAAGGGUGCUAGGUGGAGACUUAAAAGGUAAGGUAGAGUUAAGUUGGAUGGUUGAAGGUAAGAUCGCUAUACUGUUUAGAACUCAAACCCAGGGAAUGUCUUUGUCCACAAGGACUCAGUUUCCCCACAUCUGCUAAUGUAAGAGGCUAUCCCCCACCUACUGGCCCUUCUGAUCUAAACAUUUCCUCAUUAAGACUCUCUUGUCAGGUGAUUUUAUACUGUGUCAAGCUAACCGUUUAAAGUAGCCGUCAGAUAGGAGGAGGCAUUAGGAGGGUACAAGAAGCUUUAUGAAUUAGUAUUUUCAGAUUACUCAAGUGACUUGAUCUGAUGGAUAAGCUGACAUAGGGGAGAUGAUACUGAACAAAUAGGAAGCGGUCAUUCCACCGGCAGCCGAGAUGUCUGUUCUGAAGAUGGAUCCCCAUUCUCUAUGACUUGCUGAAGGACAUCAUUGUGUCAGCUACAUUAAAUCGUGUUGUGUUUUCAUUCCGUUGUUUGGAACCCCCUCUGGUUGCUCUUGUAUAUGUCUAGGGAGCUUCUUACUUGGUGCCUGCACUGCAGUGUAUGCAGUGUCUUUGUUCUGACUCUCUUACAGCCCUUCUGCUCUUUUGUGGUGAACUGUUACUGUAAGUCAGAUAGUAAGAGGUUGGAGACACGGUGGAUUUCAGAAGCUAAGAGGUUGCAGUUCAGUUCUCUGGACCUGUUGAUGGAUUAAAGUCCAAUCUUGAUGGUCUUGUCUUCUGUCACCCUUUUUUUUUUACAAGGUUCUGUGAGAUUCUUACUCUGUGAUCUUGUCUUUGAUCCUUUUUAGGCUCUUGUUCUUUCUUUUUUUCAGGGCAUUUUCUUGGGCAUCCGUACUGUUUAUUUUUGUUGUUGUUUUGUUUUGUUUUAUAAUAUAGUAGAGGUUUGAGCAUCCUCUUGCCAACAGCAAGUUCUCUAGGAAGUUGCUGCCAGUCUUACCAGUUUUCAUCAUCAUCAUCAUCAUCAUCAUCAUCAUCAUCAUCACCAUCACCAUCAUCAUCAUCAUCAUCAUCAUCACCAUCAUCAUCAUCAUAGUAUAGUUUAAAUGACUUAUACAUUGCAGAACUUUAAAACCUGGUAUAAAGUGUCAACAUUAAGGUUAAGUUACUCAUUCUAAAUUUUAUAACUUUAAAAUUUUUGUUUUUCCCCAAGAAAAGAUUUUGCCUGUAAUUGUAGAACUAGCAGACCAGCCUCGUAGUGAGGAUGGAUAAUAAUGAGGCUAUAUGGUAUCACUACAGUGUUCUAGCUGGAGUUUCCAGGGACAGACUUUUGAUGACUUGGGGAAAAUAUGUCAUGGCAUUCCACAAAGUACUUAAUUUGCAAUGGUAAAAUUGUGUUACUUGUGCUCUGUUUUCUCAGGCACACCGCUUCCCAGUGCAUGUCAGAAUAACACUCAGCAUGAGUGGUUUAGAAUUGUGCUUUCCAAUGCAAUAUUUGCCAGUACGCUGGAGAAUAGGAGCUCACUAAGGGGGACAGCAAGUAGUGUGUGUGAGUGUGUGUGUGUGUGUGUG